AUGACGGAACCCGCCCCCGUUCCACCCAUCUCUCCCCCACCUAACCCGCCCACAGAACGCCCGCUACACACCCUCCCACCGCCAUUCUCAGAAGACGCUCUCACACCCAUAACCCAAGGCGCCGAAGCUCUCGUCUACAAAACCACUUUCCUCACCCCCUCAACGCCGGCCGUUGUAAAAUACCGCCCACCAAAGCCCUACCGACACCCCACCCUCGACAAGCGCCUCACAAGGUCGCGCCUCCUCGCUGAGGCUAGGAGUCUUGUGCGAGUGAAGCGUGAGGGCGUGAACGUGCCUGGCGUGCUGGGCUGCGACGCAGAUGCGGGGUGGUUGGUUCUGGAAUAUGUGGAUGGGCGGACGGUACGAAGCGUACUGGACACAUGGGCUGAGGAAGUAAAGGAGGAAGAGAAACGUGUGUUCAGUGAGGGCGAUGAUGUGGGGCAGUUGGCGCGGGUGGGAGGAGGCAGAGAGACAGAGAUCAUGGACCUAAUGGGGAGGGUGGGUAGAGAGGUUGGCAAGUUGCAUGAAUUGGGAGUCUGCCACGGAGACCUGACAACGAGCAACCUGAUGUUGAGGUUCCCAGACGAAGAAGAGAGCGGGCAAACGAAGCCGGCAGGGAGGAUGACAACGAGCGCUAUGCGCGAGGCGGCGAUGAACGGGGAGGAACCUCCACCGCUGGAGAUACCUGACGAGGCGCCGCAGAGCUCUGAGCGUCAGUCGCUAGCUGGCAAAAUCUACCUCAUCGACUUUGGUCUCACGUCUUCAACAAUCCAAGACGAAGACCGUGCAGUCGACUUGUACGUUCUCGAACGCGCCUUUUCGGCUACACAUCCUGCUGCCGAACCCUUAUUCCAUGAGGUGCUGGCGGCAUAUGGCAAGAGCUACAAGGGUGCUAAGAGCGUUCUGAAGAGGCUGGAAGGUGUGCGGUUGAGGGGCCGCAAAAGAAGUAUGUUGGGUUAG